ACAACACUUUUUGUCUUUCCACUAUAUCUUUUGGUAAAAAAAGUACUAGUUAGAAUUCCCACAAAUAUGUCCGAAAAACUAUCGUCAGAGCAAGAAAACCUCAUCGACAAAAUGAAUCUAUUCAAAAUCAAAGGAAGAGACAAACGUGGUCGUAAGAUACUUCAAAUUAUCGGAAAACACUUUCCAGGGCGUUUAAGUGUUGAUGUGUUGAACGAGUAUUUAGAAAAGAAAGUAUUUCCUAAGCUGGAAGAAAGGCCAUUCGUGGUUGUUUAUAUUCACACAGACGUCCACAAAAACGACAAUUUCCCAGGAGUUUCAUUUCUCAAAACAGUUUAUGAUUGUAUUCCGAUGAACGUUAAACAGAAUCUCGAAGCGGUUUAUUUCGUUCACCCUGAUCUUCAGUCGAAACUCUUUCUACCCACCUUUGGGAGGUUUAUCUUUACCGGAGGGUUAUAUGGGAAAUUGAAGUAUGUGAACAGAUUACAUUAUUUGUGGGAGCAUGUAAGGAAAAAUGAAAUGGAGAUUCCGGAUUUUGUUUGUGAUCAUGAUGAAGAUCUUGAGUAUCGUCCGACGAUGGAUUACGGUUUGGAGAGUGACCAUCCUAGAGUUUAUGGGGCGCCACCGGUUGAUCCCUCUGUGGGGACAUACUCAACGAGGUGUAUUUCUUAGGAAGGAUCAAACGACAGGGCCCGCCCCCAAAGACUAUGGAACUGAGCGUGUAGCUGUUAGAUUAUAGGAAAUAUUUGAGUGUUUUUUUGUAGAUACGUGCCUAGAUAGCUUGGAAGUGAAGAACCUUGCACGUAUAUAUAUAUAUAUAUGUAAUAUGUGCAUGUUGUUCAAAUAAUGUUAAGUAACUUAUAA